CACGGCGGGCAGCAUGGAGGAGCGCGUGGCGGAGCGGCUCCGUGGCGCAUUAGGUCCCUUCGGCUUCGAGGUGCACGCCUUCAAGGUUGGAUGGUACAAUGCUGUUCUCCAGCCAGCCUUCCAUCUCCCCUACCCAGAUGACACGCUGGCCUUUGUGGUUCUCAGCACACCUUCCAUGUUUGAUAAAGCCCUUAAGCCUUUUAUCAACAAAGAGCGGUUAAAAAUCAUCAGGGAUCCCGUGGAUCAGUGUGUUUCUCAUCAUUUAUCACGUCUGAAGGAGAAAUUCCCUGACCAGAAGGUGGACAUCAUCUUCGAUUAUGAGAUCCUGCCAAGCCGAAAGCCCAAGUUCUUGGCACAGACAGCUGCCCAUGUUGCUGGAGCUGCAUAUUACUACCAAAGGAAGGACGUGAAGCUUGAUCCUUGGGGGACAAAGAAGAUCUAUGGGGUAUGUAUCCACCCCAAGUACGGCGGUUGGUUUGCUAUCCGGGGUCUCCUGCUCUUCCCAGAUAUUCAGGUACUGCUGCUGAAACAGUCUGCCCCUAUUGACUGUGUGAGCACAGAGGAGAAAAGAAUUGAGUUGCUGGAGCAGUUCAAUUUCCACUGGAAGGAUGGCCGCUACAGGGACAUAAUUGAAGUGAAGGAAAGGUAUUCAGAAGAGCAAAAAGCCUACUUUGCCACUCCUCCAGCAGAGAGAUUCAGACUGCUAGGGCUGACAUGUGAAGCCCAGAGGAACACAUUUCACUGAGCAACGUGGCUCCAUAAAGGGGAACAGAGGGCAAGCAAAAUGUAACUCAUCAUCACCUUUGCCUCAGUGCUGAGGAGAACAGCAUGCUGAUACAGAGAUGGUGAAUCCAGGCAGUCUCAAUCCAAACAGCAGCAUCUCGGUGUAAGAGGGAGCACUGCAUCAGAGUACUUGCAGUGUGGAGGAAGGUGGGAGAAGUCCGUUCUGUUUGAUGAGGCUUUUUGGGAGUAUGGUAAGAUGCCAAGGAGCCUUGGUUAGGAAAAGUUCAGACACCCUGACAACUGAAAAACCUUUGCUGCUCAUUAAAGAAGUAAUUUUGCUGCUCAUUGUA